AAAAUUACUUAUCUAUUUCUUUUCAGAUUUUUCUGUUGGCUCAAAGGUUAGAAUUGCAUUCUAGAUACUUUAAAGCUUAGUUGAACACAUAAAGCUGUGUUUGCAUAUGUUUGGUAUGAAAGUAGUAAAGACAUAUGUGAACAAUUCUCCGGUCCAGUUAGCACAUAGGAUGUUUGGAAGCAGCUACAAAUUAUGGAACAUAGAAAGACCAGAUAUAUUGUACUUGAUAUUUUAAACACUAUUUUGUUAAGGAAAUCCUGAUUAUAUUUGCUAUUGACUAUUUGGGUCCACAGUCAUACCCACUAUGUAUGUAAUGCUGUCCCUCCCUUGUGUUCCUCCUGUUCUACAGUUUAGCCACUCCUUCCUUUACAGCUCAGCUCUUUCACUUCAUUACUCCCUCUCUGCCUACUCUGCAGUCCUCUGUCUUUCCUCUAUUUACCCUCAAAGUAACUCUCUUUCAAGCAGUAUAUUCACUUUCAAGCUGUUUCCUGAACACUGCACCGAAGUCUAUGGGAAAAUAAGGAAUUGUUCCUGUAAAGUGGAAAGACUGCUCUUCACUCUAUUAGACAAAGAAAUCCUCCUGCUCUUCCUUGCAAUGCAAUCUCUCAGCUCUUUCCUUAGACCUUGCCUUGUUUGCAGUUUCCCCAGCUAUCAUGUUCUUCUGCCAUUCAAGUCGUCAUCCAUUUCACCCUUUCUGUAAUGGAAACAGCUGAAAACCAGAAAUAUGUGGCCCCACCUCUCUCUGACACAGUAUCAGGAGAUCAGGAAACAGACGAGGAUAGACCAGCUUGCUUCAUACGCAUGAUGCCUGCUCCUAGGAAGUAAUUGAAGAGGAGGGAAAAGUAUGCUUUUUGUAUAGAUCUUCAGCAAUAAACUGGAAUCCAUUAACAUUCCAUUAAUAAUGAAGUUGAAAGUUUGGGUUGCUGAAACUGCAAUGGCUCUACCCCCUUUGGAAAGAAAAGGCAAAAAUAAGACAAUAUUGAGUAUGUUGCUACAUAGACUGAAAAUACCAGAAGCACAAAUGUACACCUGGGGUAGAUGGCCCUAAGAAUUGUCAAUGGAGUACUGCAGAACAAGGAAGAAAACACAGGCUAGCAAUUGGUUUGAAAGCGUUUUUGUGCCAAGCCUGCAUUUUACUGCUGCUGUUCGAGCUUCAGAUAAGGGAAUUCUGCAGCCUUGCCUUCUCUGUCUUCUUCAGUGAAGUAAAACUGGAUAUAAUGAGACAAGCUGUUGUCACACAAGAUCCUACAAAGUGAACUUAUGGCACAUACGGAAUCAAUAGGCCUAAUUCAAGCAAGAGUUCUUGACGGACCUGCGCCUAAAAGCACAUAAUCCAUUUGCUGUUUCCUUUGAGACAGACUCUCCUUGAGUAUGCUGAAAAAUGGAAAGCUUCUGAAGAUUCUCUGCCCUUAUUGGAAGUGUACACAGUGGCCAUCCAAAGUUACUCGAAUGCCAGACCAUACCUUACCUCACAGUGUGAAAAUGUCAGCUUAGUGCUUGAGCGGCUAGCUUUAAGCUGUAUUGAACUUCUGUUAUGUUUGCCUCAAGAGUUACCAAGUGAUCACUGGGAAAGAUUUCAAGGCACGAUAAAGGCUGCACAUACACGAUUGACAGAAAAUGGCAGCCACGAGCUUAUGGUCUUGUACAAUAUGUCUCAAGAAGAUGGUGUGUGGAGGGAUCCAGUUUUGGAUAAAAUUCUUAGUGAUCAAAUCCAGGAUCCUUAUCAUGCUGAAGAGUUUCUUCAUUCUGAGGGCCCAUUGCUUCUGGAAAUGAGAAUUAAGCGUCUCCUUAAACUUGGCAGUGUGGCGGCAGCAACAGGCCUGGCGAAGAUAUGUUCAGACCACCAAGAAAUGAGCAAGAAAGGGCACUUCAAACAGCUCUACCUGAAAUGUCUAUGUGCAGCAUCUCCAAAUAUAAAGCUUAUAGAGGAAAUUGCCAAAGUAGAUUGCAAGGAUGCUUUGGAAAUGAUCUGCAAUCUGGAGUCUGAAGGGGAUGAAAAAACAUCACUUAUACUGUGUGCAGCUUUUCUGUCCCGCCAGCUCCAGUUCGGGGAAAUGUAUUGCGCAUGGGAGUUGACCCUGUUCUGGAGUAAGCUGCAAAGAAGAGUUGAACCAUCUAUACAAGUGUAUUUAGAAAUAUGUCGCCAGCUGUCUCAGUUAACGAAAACUGUAUAUCACAUCUUCUUUCUCAUCAAGGUUAUCCAGUCAGAGACGGAGGCUGCAGGACUACCAACUUGUAUUGAGCUAUGUGUACGAGCCCUCCGUUUAGAGUCAAGUGACAAUGCCAAGGUGAAAAUCUCCAUCUGCAAAACAAUCUCUUGUUUAUUGCCUGAUGACUUGGAAGUGAAGAGAGCUUGCCAGCUUACUGAAUUUCUUUUGGAGCCCACUGUGGAUGCAUACUAUGCUGUUGAGAUGCUAUAUAACCAGCCAGACCAAAAAUAUGAUGAGGAAAGUCUUCCUGUACCAAAUUCAUUGCGCUGUGAGUUGCUGCUGGUCUUGAAAACUAGAUGGCCGUUUGAUCCAGAGUUUUGGGACUGGAAAACUUUGAAACGUCAGUGUUUGGCAUUAAUGGGAGAGGAGGCAUCUAUUGUUUCUUCAAUUGAUGAGUUAAAUGACAAUGAAGCAUAUGAUCAAGUGGAUGAUUUCCAAGAAUUGACUAAGGACACUACAGAAAAUGGACUUGAUUGCUUUACUGACCCCACUCCUGCUCCAAAGGUCAGCGAAGAAAAGAAAAAGAAGAAACGCAUUAAGAAAAUACAUGAGCAAGGAUACAUAUCUGCAAGAUUUAGAAACUGGCAAGCUUAUAUGCAGUAUUGUGUAUUGUGUGACAAAGAGUUCUUGGGUCACCGAAUAAUUCGCCAUGCGCAAAAGCACUGCAUAGAUGGUAUUUAUAGUUGUCCAAUCUGUGCAAAACAAUAUACCACUAAAGAAACCUUUAUCCCACAUGUAACAUUACACGUCAAACAAUCGUGCAAAGAGAGACUGGAAACUAUGCAGCCUCACAAGAAGUUGGUGAAAUUGCCUAAAAAACCACAAACGUGUAAGAAUAAAAAAACUGUGACUAACACUAAACAAGAGCGACAAGUUAAGAAAAACACUCUUUACUCUGAUGACUUCAUAGUUUUUAAUGAUAAUGACAACUCUGAUGAAAAUGAUGAGAAAGAUAAUCAGUCUGAGAAUUUACAGACAGACAAAACAGCAUUGGUAAAUGAGUUUCCUUGUCCUGUACAGUUCUGCAAUAAAGGAUUCAAAUAUUUUAAAAAUUUAAUUGCACAUGUGAAGGGUCAUAAAGACAGUGAAGAAGCUGCACGGUUCCUUGAGAUACAGAGUAAGAAAGUAGUGUGUCAGUAUUGCAGAAGGCAGUUUGUCAGUCUAACACACAUAAAUGAUCAUUUGCAAAUGCACUGUGGAAGUCAACCUUACAUUUGUAUACAAAUGAAGUGCAAGGCAAGCUUUGAUACUUAUGCAGAUUUGCUCACACACAGAAAAGCGCAUCAGGAUUUUAAAGCAAGGUGUAUGUUUCCAAAGUGCGGAAGAAUAUUCUCUGCAGCUUACAUGCUAUUUGACCAUGAAGCACAACACUACAACACAUUCACAUGCAAAAUCCCUGGCUGUGGAAAGGUAUAUCAUUCUGAACUUCAGUUACAACAACACUUAUUUGAACAUUCAUCAGAGUCUCCAUUGCCAGAGUCUAACAAGUCCGGGGAUCUGCCUAAAAUGACAGUUGUUGGCAGUAAAUGUGUAAGUGUCAAAGGAAAAUCACUACAGAAGUCAAAUGGAAAUAAAAGCUUUAAUGCAUUGCCCUCACAGUCAUCUGAUGUCCCUAGUUCUACCAUGGUUAAAGAUCCAAGUAUGCCUGGUGCAUCACUGCAGGACCAGAAAUCUGAGCCAGUGAGUUCCAGUGGACUAGAGAAGUCUAUGCAUAUGCUCAGUCAACUACUUCCAUCUUCUAGUGAUGCGAUCUCUAAUCCGGAUUUGUUAAAUCAGGUUUUACCAACAGCCUCUGUUGCUCAGAAUAUUCUACCUAAGGCAGAAAUGUUGGCUCAUCCUACUUACCCAGCAGACUCUAGAAAUAUUAAACUGCCAUCUCUUGUUGAAGGGUUUCCCAACAUUUUGAGUGAAAAUAAAAUGCUUACCAGUGCAGAUCAUGCAGAUGAGGCACACAUAAUUGCAAAUUCAGGAAUGGAAGAACAGUGCCUAUCUUUGUUUCAAGAAGCAAAAAAUAGCACCCAAGUUCAGCCAAGAAAAGCUCUGUCUAAUGCUGUUAUUUCUACUGAAAUCAAAAUAGAAGCAGACAAACAUAUGAGUGACAUAAUUCCAUUUAAUGAUGCUAACCAAACUGCCCAGCUGUCUGAAAAUAAUCUUAUGUCUGGUUAUGAAGAUGGGGCAAAGACAGAAAAUCUCUUGCCACUGUCUCUUGAAACAAGUAAUGCACUCUCAAAUGUGCUGCCUCCUGUCACUGAUGCUACAGUGACUCCUGUACUUCCAGCUCCAACUGAAAGGUUCAAAUGCAACGUUGAGGGGUGCACACGAAUAUAUAAUUCAGUUCAAAGCAUUGGUAAACACAUGAAGAGUACCCACCCUGAACAUUACAAUUCCUUUAAAACUGAACGCAAGAACAGAAAGAGACGAAAAGCUCCAAUAACUGAUGAAACUCCUACCUACUGUAUUCUUGCAGGGCCAGGAGGUCAAAAUAAUUCCAGUUUUCAGUCACCUCUGCAGAAUGCUGUAAAUCCUAGUUUCUGUAAUCAGUUGCAGCAUUUACCCAAUCCAGUCUUCCCAACACAUCUCGGAAACUUAGUUAACCCUUUAUUGAGUUCUGUAGAAACUGUCAUGUCUCAAGGAAUGCCUAAAAAUGUGGCAGAAACACUCUUGGGACCUGAAGUUGGAAAUUUGAAUAAUGCUACCUUGACAUCACAAAUAGAUGAUUUGGCAAAAGUUUUACCUAUGAAAUUUGAAAACGGUUCAGACCCAUUUCUUCCUAUACCAACUGAAAACGAUCCCCUGCCAGUCAUGUCAUCUUUAAGCGGAAGUACAAUGUUCUCUCAGCUUGGCAGCAAUUCAGAUCAUGUUCUAGCUGGCAACGAGGCUAAUAACUUUUUGAAAGAAGAUGCUGAUUCUGAAACCUCAUUUUCCAAACAAGUUGAUGGAACUGAAAUAGAUGCUAAUUUUAAUCUUGAUAAAUCUUCUGCGAUGCUGUCCAAUUCUGCAGAUAAAACAAAUAGUGCUAUAAAAAAUAAAGAGCGCAAAUCAAAGCAUAGUCCUCGUGCUAAAUGCCCUGCAAUUGUCAGAGAUGGAAAGUUUAUCUGCAGCAGAUGUUUUAGAGUGUUUACUAAUCCACGUUCCUUGGGUGGCCAUUUGUCUAAAAGAGCAGUGUGUAAACCACAUAAUGAUUAUGACCUUUCUCAAGUAGUUUCACAGAAAGAUGGACAGCCCUCUGUCUUGGCAAGUAUGAUACUUUCAUCCAGUCCAAAGCAAACUGCACAGCCACCUGCACAGACAUUUAGCCCUGAAAUAACAGUUAAAGAUGAGCCAUUUUUGACACCUGUUCAUUCUGACAAUGACAGCACUCAGUAUUUACACAGUGGAUUUAUACAUCCUAGCAUAUCUAGCUAUUCACCAUCUGGGAAUAAAAUGGAAAGUCCUAUUAAGCAAAAUUUUGAAACCUCCGAAAAUAUAAGCUGUAAAGCUCUUCCUCACAAAACUAGUUCAGACAAUUGCAUUAACACUAUUCAUGAGAUAAACACAGCUGAGGCAGCAACUGCAAUCCCCACACAUGUGUUGCAGAAUAGUUACAGUAUUGAGAAUGAACACAGUCUAGAAAACAUUAAUAUAAGUAACUGUCCAAACAGAUCUGAACAUCCUGAAUUGGAACAAGUAAAGACAAGUAAUGUCAUAUGUCCUGUUCUACCUGCCAGCUCAGUUGAGGAAAACCAUUGCAUUCCCAAACCUGUAAGCAGCACCAGAGUGUCUGUCAUUAGUGGACCUCAGAGUUCUUUAACCACCACUAAAAAAAGGAGCAACAGUUCUAAAAGAAAGAAAAAAAUAGAUGCUCCUGUGGCAGUAGAAGCUUCACAUGAACUAGCAAAAAAUAUUUUGGCAGCUGUUGGCGGAAACCUACAAAUGGCUACUGAAAUGCAACCAAACUUCAUGGCCUACGGUUCUGAUUUAUUGGAAAACCUUGCAAAACAUUUGAGCAGUGCUGACAAGGAGUUGUUUAUGUCCUGCAUCAAUGAAAGUCUUAAGGCAAGUUCAGAGACACAUACAAUAUCCCAGCUUUCUGCAAAGCAAGAAAAAAGUGAUUCACUCCAAUUUCCAGCAUUCACAUCUGAUCCUAAAGGAACAGAAAAACUAAAUGUCAACACUGACUUUAAGGAGAAGACAUUUGAAACCAUGCCUUCUGACCCCACCGACAUUUACUCUAAGGGUAACAUUCAGAAUAUUUGUUCCACUUUGCCACAGAGUCAGUCUAGUGUUUCUAGCAGUAUGGAUGAUGAGAUAACAGGGGUCAUGCAUAACGUUAUGACAACAAACUCUGCUUCUAGUCCCAGUAACAAAAUGAACAUACCAAUCUGCUCAGUUUCUCCUACCCAGGAAACUAAUGUUAAGUAUGAUGAGCAGGUGUUGGAGAUCAUGGACUUGGUACAGAAGCUUCAGCUUGUAGAUAAUGUGAUGUGUGAAGGAUUAGGAACCGAAGAGAAAUGUCCACCUUUUGAAAAGUUGCCCAUAAUGUCUAGUGUCAUUGUUCCAAAUCCAAGUAUAAGUUUAUUGUCUGAACAAACACCUGAUGCUGCUUCACAAUUAGGUGAUAAAUGUAAUGAAAAACCUUUUAUUUGUCAAGAGGAAGGCUGUAACUACUGUGCCAUGACUAAAGAUGCUUUGUUCAAGCAUUACACUAAAGUACAUUAUUACACAGAAGAAAAACUAGGAGAGAUAAAGAAACAUCAGUUAAAGUUUGCUCCCUUCAGAUGUGUUGUACCUUCAUGUACAAAAACAUUCACCAGAAACUCCAAUCUCCGUGCCCACUGUCAGUCAAUGCAUCGUUUCACCUCUGAACAAAUGAUACAAUUAAAAAUUAAAAGACCUUAUGCUAGGAAAUCUGUCAGUGAAGGUGUUGACUUGUCUCCUGAAAUGCCUAGUGGAAGUCCAGAAGUAAAAAAGUGUGUUGAAUCUUAUGAAAUUCCUCUAGUAAUACCAAAAUCAGAACCUAUAAACCAGAAUUCGGAGAUGUAUCAAGAAUGGUCUGCUGUAAAAGUAGAAGCCACCAAGGUCGAAGACAUUAGAGAGCCUCUUGAUUUGCCUUCUGGAGAGUCACAUUCUGUUGCGGUUGAUCAACAGAGCAAAAAAAGACCUAAAAUACGGAGGAAGCCGAAAGAGAAAGAACAUAAGAUUAAAAAGGCAAUGGAGAAAGAUGGCAAACCUACUCAGGGGUCUAGUACAUAUAAACCCUAUCAGUGUGUUCACGAGGGUUGCACAGCAGCUUUUACAAUUCAACAGAACUUAAUACUUCAUUAUCAAAUUUUCCACAAGUCUGAUGCUUCUAAGUUUUCUCUAGAAGAAGAUAUAAAAGAGGAUAGCAAUGGACCAAUAAUCACAGAGUUCAGGUGUACAGAAACUGACUGCUCUCGAAUAUUUUCCAGUUUUGCAAGCCUAAUACAACAUUAUGUGAAACUUCAUGAGAUGAUUGCAGAGGAAAUAGAGAAUGUCCUCUCCAGUGGCAAUAUAGGACAAUUUAAUUGUGAUCAAAACCAAUGUGCAGUUACAUUUACCACUUGUUCAAAAUAUAUUGAGCACAUUGAGGAAGUCCAUGGUAUUAAAAUGAAGCCCUUUAAAAUGGAAGGUGAGGAAAUGUACAAGUGUGACUGUGAAGGCUGUGACCGCAUGUAUGCCACAAGGUCUAAUUUGCUUCGACAUAUUUAUAUCAAGCACAAAGAUAAACACAAGGAACAUUUGAUUAGGCCCAGGAAAAUGAGUGUAAAUGAUCAAGAUAAUGUUGAGGAAAAGACAUCUAAAGAAAAACACAAAGUGCCCAGACAAAAGUGUGAAAAUGAUGUUGAUGUUCCUAAACCAAAAAAAAGUAAAGUUAGCAAUGGAGAAAAGGGUCUUAAAAGCAGAAUUGGCCAGAAUGACACAGGACCAUCAACACUUAAAUAUGGUAGACAUACAUACUCCUUAAAGGAUAAAGAAGUGGCAUUGGCAGAAUGCACAGAUGACCACACUAAGCAGUAUCCGUGCAUGGUACGCGGCUGUACAUCUAUUGUUGGCAGUGAACACAACAUGAUUAGACAUUAUAAGUCCCACAAGCUUUCAAGGCCAUUCAUUGUAAAGCACAAAAAAGCACUAAUUGUAUGCAAAAGGAGUGGACGCGCCAAAACUAAAGAAGUAUCUCCCAAGUCACCCAAACUAGAUAUAACAAAAGACAUAGAGAAUCCAGAGGUUAUUGAGGGCACCAAUGAUGCAACAUUGUCCCAAGAAAAACAAGCAACUUCCACAUUACUUGAAAGUAGUGAUGAGUCCACAAUUUCAGCUUCCCAACAGAGUGAAACUGAAAAGGAUGAGAUGGAUGAACUGACAGAACUUUUUAUUUCAAAACUAAGCAAUGAGGAAAGCACCAGUUCAGAGAGCCAAGCAAGGACUUCAUCCACUGUAGGCAGUGACUUCCAGGAGUCAAACUCUUGUCAGUCAGACCCACAGAGGCCUGUAAAUGUUGUAAAAAGAACCAAUAAGCAAAAGCAUGGGACUCCUAAUCGAAAAAGAAAAAAUGACACACAUGAUGAAAUAUUGUCUUCUGAAACUAGCUGUGAGGACACAUUAGUUCCUGAUACUUGUGAAGAGCCACCAGCAUUUGACUUGGGUUCCUUUAAACCUAUGGGAUUUGAAGUGUCUUUCCUUAAAUUCCUAGAAGAAACUGUAGUCAAAGAAAAGAAAACUGUGGAUAAGGUUAGUUGUAAGACUGAAACAGAGCCAGCACCACAACCAAGUGAAAAAAGACCAAGGCUGUCUGUGGAUGAGGACUUUGACACAAAUAUCUACUUACUAUUUUCUAAUCCCUCACAUUUACCCAACAUGGACAAUGUAAAGAUUGUUUUAAAUGAGGCAUUGAGUGAUUACAUUGAACUUGUUCUUAAGCAGCUAAAUGAACUGAAACCUGUUGUGGUUUUAAAAAGACACGACAUUUUCUGCAAUGAACUUCCCAAUGUUGCAAAGGAACAAAAUAUAGACUAAGAUGGUAAAGCCACAUAAUAAAAAGGUCCUAGUAUAUUCAAAUCCUGUACAUUUAUUGUGAACUAGAAACAAUCAAGCAUGCCAUUUAAAUGUAUUUUUAUUAGGUUUUUUGUGAAAGUGACUUUAAAUUGGCCAAAAAAAUAGAAAAAAAAAAAAACUCAUGGCUGAAGCCAUGCAAUGUUUUUAUUCCAUGUUAUCCCUAUGGGACUAAAGGAAAAACAUUUUAUUCAGUUCUGUAAAUAUUGUUCCAAACCCUCGUUUAUUUCUAUUGAUGGAUUGUCAUUUCCACAAAUUAACGAUUUGUGUAUUAUGUGUAAGAUUUGAUUUAUUUACCAGGUUCACUGCUCGUUUUACAGGAUAUUUGUACAUAUUUGGGCGGGAGGUUCUGGAUUUUUUUAUUUUUUCCUUUUUGUAAAUAUCAAUGUAACACAUUGCUGCCUAAGUCUAAACUAUUAAAUUACACAUUUAUAUUCGGAUUUUAAUUUGUUAAUCUAGCAAUCACAUUUUUUAAAGAAAAAUUUGUAUUGGAAUUAUUUUGGGUUGCACAUUUUAUGUAAUUACGUAAACAGAGCAUCUAUUGAAAAGUUUAAUAUGUAUAUACUUGAAAAAUUGGUUGCAUUAGACGUGUGUACAAUGCUUAUUGCUGCAAACUAGUCCGACCGUACGGUUGACACAUGUACAAUCAAUACUUUAGAAAUGAUGGUUCUUAUUCCUCCAGCUAGAGAUGGAUUUAAUGGUGCAGUUUACUGUUAGGCUCCUUUCACACUAUGAAUUUCUCCGUUUACAAACUUCCGUCACAUGUUCUGUCACUAC